AUGGCGAUCGCAAAGUCUAUCAUUAUUGCCGCUCUUCUGGCUUACGCCGAGGCUCGAUUCGGCCAGGAGCAGGAGCCUGUCGCUGCUGUCCAGGCACUUGGUGAUGCCGGCUUUGGUGACCCUGGUGUUGCUGCUACCAUUGCUGGUAGCAUCCCCAGCUCUCUGCUUGCCGCUGCCAGUCCUUGUGACAAGCUUACCAUUGCCGAUCAAAUGAUUGAUGAGCUUGGAGAUGACCAGGCGGUCGUUGAUGCAGCCAUUGGCCUUGUCGCUGCCGAGACCAACUUCAACCCUUCAGCCGUUGACAAGCCCUUUGUUUGCGCCGACCCCGCCCUGCCAAAAACAGCUGCUCUGCGAGGUAUCGUCCCUCUCGUUGACCCUGCUGUCGACGGUGCAGCCACAGCCAACGCAAACUCUGCCACAUCUGUCACAACUCCCUUUGACGCUGAGGGUUUGUCACAGGCUGAGGUCAUGAUUGCCCAGGGCUUCAGCACUUUCCAAGCCGUUGGUGCUGAUGGCGAGAAUGUCCAGCUUGAUGGCCAAGACGGUGCCGGAGCUGGAGCUGGAGCUGAUGCUGGUACCGGAGCUGAUGCUGGUGCCGGAGCUGAUGCUGGUGCCGGAGCUGAUGCUGGUGCCGGAGCUGAUGCUGGUGCCGAUGCCGGUGCUGGUAACGACGGAGCUGCCAAUAAUGGCACCGCUGGCGCCGACCAAGGCGGAAACGGUAACCAGAACGACAACCAGAAUGAUAACCAGGACGAUGAGGAUUGUGAGGAGGAUGACGCCGCCAAUAACAAUGGAAACCAGAACAACAACAACGGUAACGCUGGUAACAACAAUGGCAAUGCCGGUAAUAACGCUGGUAACAACGCUGGCAACGACAAUAACAACAAUGGCAAUGCUGGCAAUAAUGCUGGCAACAACGCCGGUAACAAUGCUGGUAACGAUGCUGGGAAUGAUGCUGGUAAUAAUAACAACAACAACAAUAACAACAACAACAAUGGCAAUGCUGGCAACGAUGCUGGCAAUGAUGCUGGCAACAACGCCGGCGACGAUGCCGCUGGUGAUGCUGCUGGUGACGCUGCUGGUGACGCUGCUGGUGACGCUGGCGACAAUGCCGGUAACGGUGGUGCUCUCGACUUCGGUGUCUGCCAGCCCACCAUGGCCCGUGUUGGUGGCCUCAACGGACGCCCGGCUGAUGAGUUCACCUUCAUUCCUCAAGAUCCCCUCGUCGCCGAGGGCCAGCAGGAGGCUCUCAACCCCAACAUCAUCACCAACCGCAUCUGCGAUCAGCUCACCAACGUCUGCAACGCAAGUGCCGAUGCUGUUGCCGCUUGUGAGGAUGCCCAGGCUCAGAUCGAGGCCUUAGGAACUCGCGACCAGAGCACUGCCGACACAUGGAAUGCUCUGCUCGGCUUUGCCGGUGCUGACUCUACCCAGCAGCAGGUUUAA